CUCAUACUUCCCUCCUCACAGAGAGUCAGUCAGAAAAACAGACAGAGAGAGACAGGCAGUUAGGUAGACAAGCAGACAGACAUGGCCAGGCUGGACAUGACAGAGACCUUCCAUCACAUCUCAUUCCCUGGGCACAUUCACACCCAGGACUCCCUGAACUAUGCCCUCCACUUCCAGUUUCGGGACAGGGACACUGUCAUCGCCACCUACCCCAAAUCAGGGACUACCUGGAUGCAGGAGAUUGUCACUCUUGUGAAAAACAGAGGGGACCCACAACUCUCCAAAACUGUGCCCAACUGGGCACGAGCCCCCUGGCUGGAACAGCAUUACAGUGCAAAGGUGCUGGAGGCCACCCAGGGGGACCGAAUCAUCACCACUCACCUGCCCUACAACCUGCUGUCUUCUGCACUUCAGGGCUCCAAAGCUAAGGUCAUCUAUGUCGCCAGAAACCCCAAAGAUGUUGCUGUGUCAUAUUACCACUUCCAUAAAAUGGCCAAGUUCCUCCCAGAACCCAAUUCCUUUGAUGAGUUUCUGGAUAGUUUUCUGGAGGGAUCAGUGAGUUAUGGGUCCUGGUUCGAUCAUGUGAAAGGCUGGACGAGUCAAGCAGGAGUCUUGGCAAAUGGUCUUUAUAUCUCUUAUGAGGAGAUGUGGCUGGACCUGCAAGGCUCGAUGGAGAGGAUCAGCUCUUUCCUGCACUGCCCCCUGGUGGGCGAUGAGUUAACCAACUCCCUGAGACACUGCAGCUUCAGCAGCAUGAGCGAUAAUGCCAUGGUGAACUACACUCAGAUCCCAAAGGAGAUCAUGGACCACAGCAAAGGCAAAUUCAUGAGGAAAGGUAAAAUCGGUGACUGGAGAAACACUUUCACAGAGGAGCAGAUUGGUAUUUUCGACACCGUCUACAGCUACCAGAUGAAAGACUGUCCCUUGACCUUCAUGUGGGAGUGUCCUCCUGAGUCCUGUGGGGGAGGAGGAGGAGGACAGGCCUCUGGGGAUCAGGAUAGGGCCCUUAUCCUCCAUGACGCCGGAGAUUGAUGGAUACGCUUCAUACAAGUCCUGGAAUUCUCUCACUGAUGUUCUGUGUUUUUGUGAAUGUACAUAUAAUGUACACAACCCAAUAUAGUAAAACUAUAUAAUGAAAUUGAUAUGUUAAUAUAACAAAAAUAUUGUGUGUGACCUAUUUGUUGUUGUAGUUGGGUUUUUCCACCUCUAUAAAAAAUCUAAAUGUUACAGUUAA